AUGCAAAUAAGUCGAGGAAUUACUGAUCAGCAAAAUUUGCAGGCAUUCAUGGCUUACAGAACAUUGCUGAUAAAGAAAGAAGAUUCUGGGAGUGUCGAGAAUGGUUCUACAAGUUUCCAAAAGCUGCUUGAAUGUAUUCAAGCUUGGGAACCGAAGCUGACUUUUAUUGGUGGAGGUAGGAUAGCAACCGCUCUCAUCUGUGGUUUUGAAUCUGUUGGUAAGUUGCACUUCUCAAUGUGA